AUGUCGUCCUCCGUCAUCAGCGUCGAGUACAAGGGUCGCGUCGCCGUCAUCACCAUUGACAAUGGCAAGAAGCUCGGCGCCCUCAACCAGGACCAGUACUACGAGCUCGCCACCAAGAUGAACGAGGUCGCCACUCACGACGAGGUCUACAUUACCGUCCUCAUUGGCAAGGGCCGCUUCUUUUCCGCCGGCGCCGACGUCACCACCGCCCUCGCCGGCCCGGAUCCCGCCUCCACCGCCCCCAGCACCCCACCCCAAGGUCCUCGUCGCCGCCCUCAACGGCCCCGCCAUCGGCCUCUCCGCCGCCAUCGUCUCCAUCGCCGACUUCAUCUACGGCACCCCGACACCUUCCUCCUCACCCCCUUCGCCUCUCUCGGACUCGUUGCCGAGGGCGCCGCCUCCCGCGCCCUCACCAAGCGUCUCGGCCCCGCCAAGGCCAACGAGGCUCUUCUCAUGAGCAAAAAGAUCCCCGCCAACGCCCUCCUGCAGUGCGGCUACCUCAACGAGAUCUUCGACGUCGGCUCCGGCUCCGGCGCCGAUGUCCGGUUCAAGGAGAGGGUCCUCAAGGAGGUCGACGACCGCCUCGGCGAGCACCUGGUUGGCGACAGUCUCAUCGGCAUCAAGAAGUGCUGCGCGGGCCCGAGAUCAAGGAGGAAUCCCCAGGAGGAGUUUAGGAAGAUUGCCCGCGGCGAGAAGAGGCACAAGCUGUAA